AUGGCCAAAGGAUCUUCAACGCGUCGCCGACGAGCUUCGCUGGAGCUGGUAGACGCUAAGCAAGCAGUCGACCUCGCGACAGCUCAGACCUAUUCAGAGAACGUCUUCUUGUUUGUACCCAACCUCAUUGGCUAUUCGCGUGUCAUUCUUGCGGGAUUGUCGCUGUACUAUAUGAGCUACCACCCUAUCUAUUGUACAUUAUUGUACAGUUUCUCCUGCCUUCUGGAUGCCGUAGACGGGCAAGCAGCGCGGGCGUUGGGCCAGACAUCGAAGUUUGGGGCUGUUCUGGAUAUGGUGACAGACAGAUGUACUACGUCGUGCCUGUUGUGCUAUUUGUCGUCUGCUUAUCCGCCCUACGCUGUCUUCUUUCAAUUCCUUAUCGCGUUGGACUUCAGCAGCCACUACAUGCACAUGUAUAGCUCCCUCGUCACUGGUUCUACAAGCCACAAACUGGUCACCAGUGAUGUCAGUCGUAUCCUAUGGAUGUAUUACAACGACCCGCGAACACUCUUCUUCGUCUGCGCCGGAAACGAACUAUUCUUCGUUGCUCUCUAUCUUAUCAAGUGGACCUCGAGACCCAUUGGCCUAUCAUUCCUCGGAAACAUGACUUAUCCUGAACUUAUGGCUUUGACCAGUUUCCCUAUCUUCUUCCUCAAGAACGUUAUCAAUGUGGUCCAACUAUGGAAAGCGUCGAAAAUUCUCGUCGGGGUUGAUUUGGCCGAAAGAGCUGCCGCCCGGGUUGCCGCUAUCCAGGCAGAGAUGGAUGAGAAAGCUAAUGGAAGGAAAUCAUAA